ACUAGGGGGUACACGUGGAUUGCCUUUCCAAUGACCCACUGACUGAAUUCGCUCGAAUGUGGAUUAAGGGGAAUUUCUAUUCUCCCACUUUUUAAGACAUUUGAACAACAAGCCCACUAUUUGCAGUCAGUCAGCGGCUUCUUCAGAUCUGGGUUUAAAAGUCUCGCUUAGUCAACGGGAGCGGUGAGCCAGCGACACGAAACGGAUUAUCGACAAUCGUUCGUGGCAUCGCACAGCUGGUUUUAUUUUAAAUGAGCUACUCGGAUCGCGGCUAGACCGGUUUCCCCACAAGAUUAACAACGAAAUACAAAUUUGAAUAGGAUUACAUUUAAAUAGAUUAUUAGGCGAACUUGUUGCACUUAAAAAAAAAAAACUAAAAAAGAAACUUUUUAAAAAGCAAUGGUGGGAAGACUCAGUUUGCAGAAUGUGUCUGACGACGAUCCGCUGGAUAUGAAUUUUAAAGCUGAUCGACCGCUUGACAGUCCGGACUCCGGUCUGCCUCCGAGUCCCAGCCCGAGCGUUUGGUUACUGCAGGGCACCGGGACGGGCACCCCGAUUACUGAGGACGAGAGCAGAGCGCCAGCUGUGGGUGUUCCUCAGUUGCAUGCAUUGUCAUAUGGGGAAGGAAUUGAACUUGAUCCUCUGCCAUUAAAAGAAAUAAGAUACACAUCAUCAGUGCAUUAUGAUUCAUAUCGGCACUUCAUCCAGGAUGUGACCUUGCAGCCCAAGGGUUUGGGGUUGGAGAUGUGCAGCCAGACAGUCUUGGCCCUGCCUCAGAGUACUUGGAGACAUUACAAGACCCAGCUAGAGUUCCAGCCCCGUCAGCGGGUGCAGCGCUAUCAGAGCACCACCAUAGUGUACCCCAAACACACCCGGACCUUCUACACCACCCAGCUCAAUUAUGAUGGCCACAAGGUGGCCAAGCGCUUCUUCUCUGCUAUAGAACUACAGGCAUCUGACUGUAGGACUGGUCUUUGAAAGACAGACUGGCAUCUGUGCCCAACAUUUUGCCCAUGUACUAUUUAUAAACCACUGCCUGCAUUCAUUGUGUCCCAAGAAGAAAGAAAAAAGAGGAAACUCAGACUAAAUUGUUGCUAGUUCCCAAGACUGAUGGUUUUGUAGCAAGUUUGUUUUAAGAUGAAGGAGAUUACGCAACUGUGUUGCUUUGUUUAUAAUGGCUGGUUAAGUUGAACAUACAUGUAUGGACGUUUGGAUGGUUUGCUCGAUCACUGUGGUGGUUGAUUUUACAAUGGUAUUAAUUGUAUGUGGAAGUGUGGUUUGUUGUUUACUGCUGAAAUUCAAGUUUCAGAUAUUCUGCUCUAAUAUUGGACCAUCACUGCUUUGAAUGGUUAGUUAUAGAUGGCAUUAGAGCAAUAUAGGAUUUACUCUUGAGGGCAAACUGAUUUGCCCCAUCAUGAAUCCAGUGUUGGUGUAAUAGAAAUGCAUUUGAGUGUUUAGGUUACAAAGUCAGAUCUUCCAUACUAUCACAUAAUUCUAUGUAAUGGAUCACUUGAGACCAAGAAGAGAAAGUUCACGUGUAUUAGGGUCUGUAAAGCUUAUUUUUGAUUUGGGUAUCUUUGCACAAGGAUAAUUAUAGGUUUAUGUGUUUAGAACAUCUGAAACUCCACCACUGAUAUCUGAAACGGACAGAUCAAUGUUUUUGUUGUUGUUUUUUUUCUGCUGUAAUUCUCCAUGUGGAUUUAAGUCAGACUUUUAUGCAUUUUCUUUAUUUUAUUUAAAAGUUUGAUAACACUUUGCAAUAAGGUUCCUUUCAUUAACAUUAGAUAAUGCAUUAGAUAUCAUGAACAAACAAUGAACUAUAUAUAUUUUACAAUAUUUAUUCAUCUUUGUUAAUGCUAGUUAACACAAAUAAAAUUGUUCAUUGUUAGUUCAUGUUAGUUCAUAGUACAUUAACUAAUGUUAAAAAACAACUUUCAAUGUUGUAUUAGUAUCCACUGAAAUCAACAUUAAUACAUGCUGUAAAAGUAGGCUAUUGUUCCUUGUUAGUUUGUUAACUUAUGCUGUUUACUAAUGUUAACAAAUGAAACUAUUGUAAAGUGUUACCAAAAUUUGCUUGCAAAUACAACUCUUGGUUUUAGUAAGUUGGUAAGUUAUUCUUUGUGUAAUUACUCAUGAAGGAAAAAAAGAGAAGUGAGGUCACUAUUCGAAAAGAAGGAUUUGUAGAAUAAGUGAAAUAACUUUCAAAAGCACUUAAGUCUAAAUACAUGUUUUUAUUAGAGGCACUUUUAUGCUGUAUUUAUUUAACUUCAUUCUGGUUUUUAUUGUCUUUAAUUCUUAAUCUGCGCAGUAAUUAAUGGAGAGGGAGAGAUGAAAAUGUUGCAUGUUUCAAGAGAUGUGCUGUCAAAGUCUAAAGUCUUUUAAUUUUUAUUCUAU